UUAAAACUAACCGAACUCUCUGUUUCUAUCUUCGCAGUUAACACUUCACAUACAAACAUUUCCAAAUUGAGGCUAGAAUUGAUGAUAGUGUUCCGAAAUUAUUGGUGAUUAAAAAUGGAAAUUCGCAUUAACCAGUCUCUUCUGUUGUUGUUAACUUUCCUGAUUGCUAUCGACUUCGCUGUAUCGGAAAUAUUUUUCGAAGAACGUUUUGAAGAUGAGUGGAAAAGUAGGUGGGUGCUGUCUGACUGGAAAAGGAGUGAAGGAAAAGCGGGUACAUUCAAGCACACGGCUGGAAAAUGGAACUCUGAUCCAGAUGACAGAGGUAUCCAAACGUAUAAGGAUGCCAAACACUAUGCCAUUUCUGCAAAGAUACCGGAAUUUAGCAAUAAAAAUAGAACCCUUGUGUUCCAAUACUCUAUAAAGUUCGAGCAAGACAUUGAAUGUGGUGGCGGUUACAUUAAGCUUCUCUCUGGCUAUGUCAACCAGAAGAAAUUUGGCGGUGACACUCCAUACAGCUUGAUGUUUGGACCCGAUAUUUGCGGCCCUCAGACCAAGAAGCUUCAUGUCAUACUUUCGUAUCAGGGCCAGAAUUAUCCAAUUAAAAAGGAUUUACAAUGUGAAACUGACAAAUUGACUCAUUUCUACACAUUCAUCUUGAGACCUGAUGCAACAUACAGUGUCUUAGUUGAUAAUCGUGAAAGAGAGUCUGGAAGCAUGUACGAUGACUGGGACAUCCUCCCACCUCGCAAAAUUAAACAUGUCCGUGCAAAAAAGCCAGCAGAUUGGGACGAUAGAGAAUAUAUUGAUGACCCUGAUGGUGUUAAACCAGAGGGUUAUGAUAACAUACCAGCUGAAAUAUCUGAUCCAAAAGCUAGAAAGCCUGCUGACUGGGAUGAAGAUGAGGAUGGAAUAUGGAGACCGAAAAAAGUACCCAACCCAGCUUAUAAAGGCCCUUGGAAGCCAAAGAAAAUCAAGAACCCGAACUACAAAGGAAAGUGGAAAAUUCCUUGGAUUGACAACCCUGAAUUUGAAGAUGACCCCGACCUUUAUGUGUUAAAACCAAUAAAAUAUGUUGGUAUUGAAGUUUGGCAGGUGAAGGCUGGUUCAGUGUUUGAUAACAUAUUGGUAUGUGAUGAACCACAGUAUGCAAAAGAAGUUGUUAACGAGAUACUGGCAAACAAGGAGAUUGAAAAGGAGGCAUUUGAGGAGGUAGAAAAAGUGAGAGUAGCAAAUGAAGAGGCAGACGCUAAAAGAGCAAAAGAGGAAGACAAGGAUCAUCGACGACGUAGAAGGCAUGAUCCUGAUGAUUACUUGGAUGACUACCAUGAUGAGCUUUAAGUUAUGCUUCCAGAAAAAAAUCCUUUGGCUUUUAUGGAAUGCAGUUCAGCAUUUAUAGUUUCGGAUUCUACUCAUUUAUACAAAUAAAAUUUUAAAACUUAUUCUGAUUUAAAUAAAAUUUAUUUGAGCA